CAGCGUUUUUCUUUUUUUCCUUUCUUUUUUCUUCUUCUUUCUCCUUUCAUACAAAAAUGUCAAUGGGUAAACCCAGUUUACCAUCUAUUCAAUUUCUUUUACAAGAAGCACCUGGUCCUAGCAGUACUUAUGAGGAAGUAGUUGUGAAUGCGACCCCGAAAAGACAGUUUGGACAUCGAAGUACGAGAAGUGUAAGUAGUCUUCCUGUAGACCUUCAGAGCCUAUCACUUCAAGCACCAGAGGAUAGAGAUAGGGUUGAACCCUAUAGAGGCCUACCUUUUUCAUCGGGAGAGAAGACACCUAGUUGGAUGAUACCCAAUGAUAAUUCACCACCACCAAUAGUGUCUUCCACCCUUAAUACGACAACUACACAUAGAAAAAAAUCAGGUCAUGGACGAUCUGUCUCUGAAUUUACACUACCUCCAUUAAAUACACCCAUUCCUCAUCAUCAGCAUCAUCGUACAUCCACUCACCGAAGAGCUGUGUCAGCCAACACAGUUGACUUCAUGCUGAGUCCACCUACACCAGCAACAUCAUCCUCAUCUAAUCCAACCAAUAGUAGCAUUCGAGCACAAUCAUAUAGCCCCAAAGAACCCACAUUAUCUUUUAUACCUUCCUCUUCACCUCCCAUCCAUAAUUUUGAUCAACAAGACCUCGAUACUUCUGGACGGUAUGUAUGUCCCUAUUGUCACAAGAAGUUUUCAAGACCUUCCUCAUUACGUAUCCAUACCUAUUCUCACACCGGUGAAAAGCCUUUUGUUUGUACGGAGCCUGGUUGUGGAAGACAUUUUAGUGUACAGAGUAAUAUGAGACGACACUUGCGAGUGCACCGUUUGGGUAGAAAUGCCAAUAAUCUGGAGACAACAAAUGAAGAGGAUUAGGUGCACUACACACAUUUAUAUAUAUAUAAAAACACACAUACUGAGAGAAAAUAAACUGCCCAAUCAAUUUCUACAUAUGUACGUCAUUCGUCAUGCAUAUCUAUUUUUGCUCUUUCCUCUCUCUCUCUCUCUUUUCUCACAAAAGGUGAUCGUCAAAACACACCAUUUUUUAUUGGUUGCAUGAAUUAAUAGUGAUAUAUAUUAUGGUAGAGGGUAGAUACCAAGGGUUUUUAUGAGAAAAAAAAA